GCGUGCCUUGCCAUUUAGGAGCGAUAUCCACGACCAUUUUACAGUUUGUGUAUAUUAGAAUUUUAUAAUUUAAUCCAAUAUGGUUUCGACAACAGAUAGUAGGUGGCCGCCAAGCAGUGCCAACGGCACAGACCAUACCACUACAAUGAAUAGUGCUGAUGAUUAUGGAAGAGAAACUAUGGACGAUGAUGGAACCAGAAGCGCGAGAGAACCACUCUUAUUGCCAGAGACCCCUGAACCCACAUCUAGCCGAUUUCUUGAAAGAUUUCUCAUUUUAUUGUGGAUAACUGCAACCGCCCUGUUCAUUAUCUAUCGCAAAAACGUUACAGACUUCGUAAGAUACGUUGCCAGCAAGGGUGCCGAUCACAAAUUGCUGCUAUACGUAUGCUAUGUCCUCAUCUUCAUAGUCAUGGUUACUUUAUGUGUAUCCGCAGAGCUCAUGAUUAUUUCUGCUGGAUUUAUUUUCUCUCAUGUUCAUGGACAAAAGGCUGGUAUUUUAAUUGGGACUACAAUCAGCUUCGUUGCAUACUUCUUUACUAUGCUUUUGUGUUUCUUUAUCUCCAGGUACCUGCUGAAGAGAAUAAUCCACAAGUACCUGAGGUUCUACAGAUACUAUGGCGCCUUAAUCAGGGCUACCGAAAAUGAAGGGUUCCACAUAGCCGGUCUGAUUAGGAUGUCACCAUUCUUCCCACCUACCCUUGUAAGCUACAUUUUUGGUAGUACCAACAUACCUACUUUUGACUAUGCUAUGGCCACCUUUGGGGCCAUACCAUCCAUUGCAUUCUUCACCUACCUGGGAGCUCUCAUUGAGGAUUUCACAGACGACGCCAAACCAACGAGGUCAACCUUCGAAAUUACUGCCUUCAUUGUUAUAUCAAUGACCAUCACAAUUGGUGGAUUGUACUACACAUACCAUAUCACAAAGAAAUAUUUGGAGCCAAAUCGCUCACCAAGAGGACGCGGUGACGCUGAAAGUAAUGCAGCUUAAACAAGUAUAUUUUAAAUGUUUUAAAUUAUUAC